GGGAGGAACAGACAGCAGAACUCUGCUGAGUUGAGCCGGCAGCAGUAGCACUGGGGAAGUGUUAAGUAGAAACAGGCAGGCUCAGCUUCCUCCAUGAGCUGCAGAAGAGGAAGUGGCGAGUGGGAGCACUUCCCAAGUCCUGUCCGCUAGCCCAGGCCAGCGCCGAGCGGAGAGACCUGCGGACAGCCGUUCUCACCCAAGGGACGCCACGGCAGGUUCAGCUAACCCUCACCGUCUCGGCCCGGGGGGGAAAAAUAAAAAUCGUAGGAUUACUCCUGAGGAGGAAGAAGAAAGGAGAGAGAGGGGGAGAGAGAGAAGCGUGGUCCUCAUCAAUGCAGUUGUGUUGGGCUUAAAAUGGAGGACAGCAGUGAUGGAGUGCAGGUUGGGGAGAAAAAAUUCAUUAGCAAAAGCACCGUCCUCUCCUACCUGAAGACCUACAACCUGUACUAUGAUGGACAGAACCUGCAGCUGAGACACAGAGAGGAAGAAGGUGAGUUGAUUGUGGAGGGGCUUCUGAAUAUCUCCUGGGGUUUGCGUCGACCAAUCAGACUACAGAUGCAGGACGACCAUGAGCGAAUCAAACCACCUCCAUCCUCCACCUCCUGGCACUCAGGCUGUAACUUGGACAACCAGAGUGCUGAGACUCAGAACCAGGCUCCACCCUCCAUUGAGGUGACAGCCCCUGACAGCCAAUCAGAAAACAACAUGAUGAAGGAGGGUGAUGAAGAAGACUGCUGUGAUGCCUCGUCUCAGCUCUUGAGGACCAAAAGUGAUGCGGGUGUACUGAGGCGGGGCAACAAGCGGUCUCCUAGCGACCAGCGGCGAAUCAGAAGGCACAGAUACUCCAUCAACGGUCAUUUCUACAACCACAAGACGGCAGUGUUCACUCCAGCCUACGGCUCGGUCACCAACGUCCGGAUCAACAGCUGCAUGACGACGCCACAGGUGCUGCGUGUGCUGCUCAACAAGUUUAAGAUCGAAAACAGCCCCGAUGACUUUGCCCUCUACAUCGUCCACGCCAGCGGAGAACGCGUUCAGCUCAGGAGUUCUGAUCACCCACUGCUGCUGAAGAUACUUCAGGGUCCAUGUGAACAAGUCUGCAGAAUUUUCCUUAUGGAACAGGACCUUGGAGAAGAGGUUACGUAUGAUGUGGCGCAGUACAUUAAGUUUGAGAUGCCUGUGCUGCAGAGUUUCAUUACCAAACUGAAAGAGGAAGAGGACAGGGAAGUUCAAAAGCUCAGACGCAGAUAUAAGAAUCUGCGGUACGUCAUGGAGAAGCAGCUCCAGUGUUCACCAGAGAGUUCCACUAGCAUGUGAAGAAGCUCCUCCCACCAGCCAUGGCCUGCCCCCUCCACCCGCUGCACCCCCUCCACCCGCUGCACCCCCUCCACCCAGACCUCUCUCGUGCUCCCUGUCUCCCCGUGUAAAUUGUGCAGUGCCGCACCUCGCGCGGCCGGCGUUUUCCGCCCUGACGCGCUUGCCGGCCUGUUCGGCCGUAACGCUUGACUAUAUAGUACUUGUAUGGUACUUAAUACUGUGUAGGGGGUAGUUCAUUUCCCCAGGAAGGGGGGUCUGGGUAGUGUGUAGUGUUAUGUUUGGCACAUCACUCAGCCAGUUGUUGGUUAUCUCCGGUGUAGGGGUGUGUUUUGUGUGGGGUAUCCGUAGGGGGUACACGUAGGGAAGACUUUGGUUGAUUCACAGGUUUGCAGCACACAUACAGCACAAUGUAUAAACAACUGACCGACACAGGAGUAUGAGACAUUACUCAGAUGUGAGAAAAGUCUUAACGAUAAGCACAGUGUAAGACACGAGCAUCUAAUAUGGCAAAAGUCAGAUCAGCAGUGAUUGGAAGUUAUGGGUGCUGAGAUACGAAGGACGUAUUCACAUGUAGAGAAAGAUCAUGCCCAGGCUGUGCCCUGGAUAUGAAGGCGUGUCUGGGUGUGGAUUGUGUGCGCGUCGCUGCUGGGUGACCUACAUGUUUGGGGACUUGAAUCAGCUGCAUGCUUUUACAUACAAGAUGGUGUGAAUUUUUACAAUUUUUAUCUUUUUAUUUUUAAAUGGUUACUUUAUUUAUUUUUUACAGUAAUUUGUCACAUUCAGUUCUUGGAGACAGGGACUGUUGAUUCUGAAUACCUUUGGAUUUGUGUAAAACCUUGGAGCCGUCCAUCUAACGUGUAAUUUUAUGCACUGUACACACGCGGGAGUAUAAAUACAGACACACACACACACACAAUAGGGUUCAUAUUCCUUGUGCGUGUUAUUGUCUACAAUUAGAGCGAAAACUGGCCUCCUAACUAUCCAUCCUUGUUUUGUGUGAUCAGUGAGUGAUUCUCAACAAGCCUAACUGGAAAUCGCUGAGCCCACAAGCAGGUCAUCACCAUGGCAAUGUGAUGGUUUGGUUCCUGUGGCAGAGGAAAUCCAGGCUUUGUUUGGACGACUCGCAUGUAGGUUAGAGAGAGCGGGAGUCUCUGACCCUGAACACAUCACAGUUACUGCAUCCAGCCAAUCAGAAAGCGGGAUCAGCUCCAGGCAGUGACAGCUAGUCUGUGCGAAUAUGCUCCCGGUUUGUUGCGCGUGCGUGUGUGUGGAUUGAAGUAGCUCCAGCAUGUGGGUGAUGACCCCGUUCAGACACAGUGGGGUGGCGCAGAAGGCUGUAAUCUCAGAACUGUACUGUUGAAGGUUUGUCUCUCUGUUCCUCAAUCCCACAGGUAGGACGAUCCACACUUUUCCUUUCUUCCCUUCUCAUACGAAUGGUUUAAUUGUUUUUAAUGUCCAAUGAUAUUCCUAUCAUUUUGAUUAUGGUUUUAACAUGUUCUGUUGUAUCUAUGCAGCGAUUUACAAUAAUUGUAUAAUUUUAUAAUACAAUUUAUAAAGUCA